AUGAAGUUCUCCGCUACAACCAUCGUUGCGUUCGCCGGCCUUGCAGCUGCUGCUCCUACAAAGCGGCAGUCUGGCCCCACAGACGCCGACAUCCUCAACUACGCGCUUACCCUGGAGCACCUUGAAGACACAUUCUACCGCGAAGGCCUUGCCAAUUUCACUCAAGCAGACUUCGAGGCUGCUGGCUACGAUGAGACGUUCUACGGAAACCUGAAAAGAAUCUCGUCUGACGAGUCGACCCACGUUAGCUUCCUGACCGGGGCCUUGAAAGCAGCUGGUGCCACACCUGUCGAGGCUUGCCAGUAUGCAUUUGGUGUCACGGACGUAAACACUUUCCUCGUUACUGCGUCAGUCCUUGAAGGUGUUGGUGUUUCUGCCUAUCUCGGCGCCGCAGCCGACAUUAUGUCGAAGACCUACCUCACCGCAGCAGGAUCCAUCUUGACUGUUGAGGCACGACACUCGUCCUACAUCCGCGCAUCCUUGAAGCAGACUCCCUACCCGCAGCCCUUCGAUACUCCCCUCAGCAUCAAUUCAGUCUACACUCUUGCCGCGCAGUUCAUCAUCUCCUGCCCCUCAACGAACCCUGCGCUGCCCGUGAAGGCCUUCCCAGUGCUGGCUGCAUCCAGCAGUGACAUGUCGAUCAAGAAAGGAUCGACGGUGAUGCUGUCGACUCCGGGUUACAUGUUGAAAGCGGAGAACGACGCCCCAGUCUAUGGAGCGUUCAUUACGGUUACUGGCCCGAUUAUCGUCAAUGCGACCAUGGUUGAGGGCGGCUACGAGGUUGUGGUGCCAGAAGGCGUCAACGGCCAGAGCUACGUCGUCCUGACUGGAUGCGCGGACGCGGUCAAUGAUAACACCGUCGCUGCCGGCCCUGCUAUCGUUGAGGCAAGUUAA